UUUGCUUAAUGGGUCUAACGAUUCUGACCUGGUUUCAAAGUGAGUAUUGUGCCUUUCUUCUUCUCUCAGAGCCUCCGCCUAUCUCACAGCUCACUCUCUCUAGAAGAUGAAAUACCCAUAAAUACCCAGAAAUUAAAUAAAAAACAAAAUCUCGGAAAUACCCACCAAAUUUAUCAAUAAUUUCCAUACUCGUCAGUGAUUUUGAGGUGCUAUAAUGAUAAUAAAAGGACUGUUCAGGAGGUAUGAAAGAUGGAACCCAGUGCACCCAACAUCUGGUGCAUUUUGGGGAUUGGGAGUAGGAAUUGGUUGUGGUAUUGGAUGGGGUCCUGGUUUUGGGCCUGAGGUGAUUGGUUAUGUUGGAGCUGGAUGUGGUGUUGGAUUUAGUGUUGGUUUCACUCUGCUUGGUGCUGGCAUUGGUCUUCCUGCAAAUUGGCUCCUUCAAGUUCCUUAUAAUGCUGCUAUGGCAACAAGAAGUGGUGCAUUGGGGUUUGGUCAAUCUAGUGGUCUUCCUUUCUCCAAAAACAUUGCAGGGGAGGGCUGGAACAACAUUGCACCUUGCUUCACAAACCUGCAGAGAGAAGCCAGUGGAAGGUUCUCUAGCUUUAAGCAACAACAUCUUUUGGACAAAGGGGUUGAUUUAUCUGAAAUGAAGAGCCGGCUAAGUGUCAAUGCUAGUUCUAUGUGUGAAAGUUUAGAAGCAUUUUGGGGACGCUUCUUCCACUCUUCCAAAGGUACAAAAAGUUGACACCAUAGACUAUCUGGUGCAUAUAUUAGAAGGAUUGUAAGCAUUCUUACACUGACCAGUCUCUUUAAACUCAUUUUUAGCCAUGGUUAUAUAUAGUUGGUCCAUAAUAUGUAAGUAAGAAACGUUUCACAUAAGGAUUCCUCGAUGCUGCAUUCUUAGAAGCAGCAUUUUUAUAGUUUUUCAGAAGGCCUUUUUUUUCAUUGUUUGUGCAGACAGAAGACCUUUGUUUAUUAGUUCUGCAAAUUCCUGAUACAGAUAAUGUGCCUCCAAUAAUUUCCAACAUCAUUUAUCUUGUAC